AUGCCACCGGAUGGUAUACUUUUAUCUCCAUAUGAAGAUGAAGAUAAUCUCUGGGAACCAGUCAGGGAGAUAGAGUUUAUUCUCUUGGGACUGACAGAUGAUGCACAGCUACAAAUUGUGAUUUUUAUAUGUCUUCUUCUCAACUACAGUUUGAGUGUUGCGGGGAACUUAUCCAUCCUCCUCCUCACCCUGCUGGAUCCUCGCCUCAAGACUCCAAUGUAUUUCUUUCUCCGAAAUUUCUCCUUUUUGGAAAUCUCAUUGACAACAGUCUGUAUUCCUAAAUUCCUGACAAGCAUUGUGACUAAAAACAAAGUCAUUUCCUACAAUGCUUGUGCAUCUCAAUUAUUCUUUUACCUCUUAUUAGCAAUUACAGAGUUUUACCUUCUGGCUGCCAUGUCUUAUGACCAUUACAUAGCCAUCUGUAGACCCUUGCAUUACCCCAUCAUUAUGAACAGAAAAGUGUGCUACCAACUUCUACUCUGUUCAUGGGCAACUGGCUUUCUCAAUAGCUUUCCACCCUUGAUCUUUGGACUAAAGUUGGAAUUCUGUGCUUCCAAAAUAAUUGAUCAUUUCAUGUGUGACAUUUCUCCUAUCUUGCAGAUUUCUUGCACAGACACUCACUUCCUAGAAUUGAUUUCAUUUGCUUCAUCAACUGUAACUCUUAUUGUCACAUUGCUAUUAGUUAUUAUAUCCUACACAUAUAUAAUACGGACCAUUAUAACAAUCCCUUCUACUCAAAAAAGAACAAAAGCUUUUUCCACUUGUUCUUCCCACAUGAUUGUAGUCUUCCUUACUUAUGGCAGCUGUAUCUUCAUUUAUGCGAAGGCAUCAGCAAAAGAGAGGGUGACCUUAUCCAAAUGUGUAGCUGUUAUUUAUACGUCAGUUGCCCCUUUAUUAAACCCCUUCAUUUACAGUUUAAGAAACCAGCAAGUGAAACAAGCUUUUAUGGACACAUUCAAAAAGAUACUCAUAUUAGUUAAUAAAUGA